AUGCCUCCGGAAGCAGCGACUCAGCUACUGCGAACAAAAGUGGAAGCGACGAUAUACUUAGAAGAGCAGCAAGCACAGGCGUCAGCGCUGUUUAGCUACCAGUCCGCAGAUUUUUAUCCCGAAGAGUGCGACACUAUGAGGCUUUCUUUCUCCAAUGUCCGCAUCAUUCUUGCCCUUGCGAAUAUUCCACGGCGGUUGCUUCGAUCGGUGUAUUCGCGUCAGACUAGUGACGCUAUAGCGACUACAGGUUUUCGCGUAAUUCACAAUAAGAGUCAAGAAACAGAUGCUGCGUACGACAGCGAUGUCGACGACAACGAAUUUGAUAACGAGAGCGAAGUCCGUUGCAACGCAAAAACAGAAUAAGCCUUGACACGUUUUACACUCGCAACGACCUAAACGAAAUUCUGCAUGGGAAUGAUGUAGACGACGAAGAAGCUGCUACUCCUCCUCAAGCUAAAGGAAGAAGUUUGUCCAUCUUUAGCAGGAGAAGUUGUAGUCUGAUUACUGCUAGCUUGAGUAUGGCGAGUGAUAGAGUGAGUAUGCGGAGCCGACGUCAUCUGUUAACCACAUUAUUAUCCGAAAUGGUGCAACGAACUUCGCACGUCCCAGUGACGGAGACGGAACUGAAAUUCUUCCGCGAUUUUAUCCUCUUUUACAGGCGCGAAAAUUUCAUCAAGUAAUACUCAUUCUUGCUUCUAUAAAUGGUUAAGGUUGUUGUCUAGAAGUUGAAGGUGUAGAUUUGAUCAGCGUGCUCGCCUACGUCUUCCGCUUCCAAACGUCCUCCUCCCUAGAUACCGGCUUCGCGCCCUGGUCCGCAUUAUGGUUUCCGUUGUGCUUCUUAUGCUUAUGAUAUUGUGCCCUUUAUAUCUGGCGCGACGAAUGUGUUUUACUACGCUGGUUUUCCGCAGGACGUACUCGACUCAACAGGGUCAGCGCUUAUUACCUUCCCCGCGCUCCUAUUGGCGAAAGGUGUGAUUGAGUGGUACCUGAUCACGUAUAAACUCAUGCUUUACAACGAGGAGCAAGUGUGUUAGCUCGCGCCGGGGCUCUUCCGCCAGGUUUGCGAUUUCAAGUGCACUUGGAGGUGGUUUUACCGUAAUGAAAUGGGACAGUAUAUUGCUCUUGGCUGUCUUGGUGCGAUGUGUUUUUUUACGAUCUUUUUAUACAGCAUUCGGUGGAAUCCCUUGAACCUGAAAGCUAUUCAGGACGGAUCCCGGUAUGGAGAGGAGCUUACAUGGGAUCACAUCUACAACAUCUGUGGCAGUUUUUGAGCAUGAAAGCAGGAGCCCUUUGAGUUACGUUCUACUUGUAGAAGAUGCUACUAUUUCUAUUUUGAUGCGCAUGAGUAUGGGAAAAUUAGGAACCUUCGUCUAGGACUAAGAGGGACUUCUGAAAAUCCUUGAGCACGAGAGCAGGACGUUGAUGAGCCUUCGACCACUACUACAGCUUGAUACAGCACGAUCGACUGCUUGAUGCUAGUAUUUUCAUUUUUGGCAAUUUCACAUUAAAAGAUAAUAAAAGGGCUUUAUCCUUAUAGACACAUAGAUUAUAGAUACAUUGUCCUUCCAAAUGCAAAUAAGCUUCUCGAAUGCAUACUUCAUCGAGAUUGUCUUUGCUUUCUUGUUCUCCUAGGUUCCAAUCUCUCAUCAUCUUUCAAAUUUUGACUUGGUUUUCGAUUCAUUACUUAGGUAGAAGCUUGCUUAUCUAUCAUUCCUAUGCACUAUGUUUCUGUCUUUGCAUCAGAUGGAUGAAUGGUGCAAGUUAUUCUCUAAAUGCAUCUAUGUAGUUUAUCUGACUAGAUACGUGCAAAGAGAAAUGGAAAAGGCGGCUUUCCUCACGCCAUAGUAUGGCGCUCACCGACAACUAUCUAUGAGAUGUUUGAGGUAUAGCAACAAUCUUGGUAAAAGACAAUUGAAAAUGCAAAUGUACCAUGAACAUGAUCCACGUAUUGUAUGAUCAGCCAGCGUAUGAGGAAAAUUUAAUAGUAAGAACCCUUAGCCUUACAGCAUUCAAGUAGAAUCUUUCCCUUUCCUUGAAGAAAGCAGAUCAUGUUGACGCAUUACGCGUGCCUGUUCGUGUGACAUAGAGGUGGACCAUGAGUCAAGUUUUAUGGUCAUCUUCUUUUGAAACAUUACAUGACAGAGAGAAGCAUUGUCCAAAUGUCAUUUCAGACGCUGUCCGUCGUCGUCUGUUAUUGCUUUUUAC